AUGAGUCCAGUCACUCCGUACAAAAUCGCCAUUUCGGACGAGCAACUCCAGCAGCUCCACCAGAAGCUGGAGCAAGCUACCUUUCCUGAUGAGCUCGACGCUUCGGGGUGGGAUAUGGGCGUGCCCCUGGAUGAAAUUCAAAGACUGGUCACAGUAUGGCGUGAAAGUUUUGACUGGCGCGCACAAGAGUCAAAGCUGAACGAGCAACUCAAACAAGUCAAUGUUGAAAUAGAAGUGGAUGGAUUGGGAGAGUUGAAUAUACACGCUGUGCACCAUCGCAGCGGGAAUCCAAAAGCCAUUCCAUUGCUUUUCAUUCAUGGGUGGCCUGGCAGUUUCCUUGAAGCUACCAAGCUUAUUCCACUACUCACCGAAAACACCGGGGAUGGUCCAGCCUUCGAUGUCGUAGCACCCUCCUUACCAAACUUUGGAUUCUCAGAAGGUGUCAAAAAGAGGGGAUUCGGGCUAGCGCAAUAUGCCGAGGCUGUUCAUAAAGUAAUGAUCGCACUAGGCUAUGAAGAAUACGUGGUCCAGGGAGGUGACUGGGGCAGCAUGAUCGCCCGCACCAUAUCUCAAUUCUAUCCUCAACAUACCCAAGCCAUCCACUUGAACUUUAUCCCCGUCAUCCCGCCCUUCCCAUGGCGAAGCCCUUACCAGUUCCUCAAAUCACUGCUCUCCGUGCCAUUCUCAUCAAAAGACCGUGGCUUCAUCGCCCGGACAGUGGAAUAUCUUACAAGCGGCAACGCUUACAUGAAACAGCAAGAGACUCGGCCCCAGACCCUGGGCUACGGCCUUCAUGACAGUCCCGUUGGAUUGCUGGCCUGGAUCUAUGACAAAAUGCACAUCUGGACUGACAAGUAUCCCUGGACAGACGAGGAAAUCCUGACCUGGGUGAGUGUUUACUACUUCUCCACAGCUGGACCAAUGGCAUCAACAAGGAUCUAUUACGAAGCUUCAGCGCCAAAGCGAGACGGUAGUGAGGAUAAAUUGGAAAAUGGGCUCAAGAAGGACGCGGGGGAAAAGGCAGACCUGAGAUACAUGUCGCUGGCGCAAAUUCUCGGAGCCCGGGCACCACAUAAUGUGCGCUUUGCGGUGGCACAGUUCCGGGAGGAGCUUAUUAUGUGGCCCAUGGCGUGGUAUCGAUCCAUUGGGAAUGUUGUGCAGGAAACGGAGUUUGAGCAUGGUGGCCAUUUUGCGGCCUGGGAAGUGCCUGAGUUACUGGCGUCAGAUAUUAAGAAGUUCCUCGGCAAUAAUGGACCGGCCUUUGGGGCGGUAACUGACAGAGAUGGUUAUUGA